AUGAGUGUGCAAGAUAGAAGAAGAAUAUUAGGGCCAGCAGAAGCGAAGCCAUUGCAGUUUGCUGCAAUUACUCCUGUAAGAACCGUAGAGAACAGGGACGAUGGUAAUGGUAAUAAAUCGGGUAAGGAAUCUGUGUUCAUUAGUACGGAUUUAGUAACGAAUGCAAAUGGUUCCUCAUACCUAGAAUAUAUGGAUGGUACUUCGGAUCAAGUUCUCGUAAUGAGUUCUGUCUUCGGACCCAGGCCAUUGCGAGGCUCCUUCCAAUCUAAGGCAUCAGUAUCGAUUCAGUUCAAAGAAGUUACGUUAGAACAUUUGAAUACCGGAGAAAUUAAAGAAAUUUGUACUUUCCUAACAAAUGUCUUUAAUGCGGUGAUAAACGUUGAGAAGUAUCCAAAAUCUGGUAUUGAUAUCUUUAUAGAUUUGAUCCAGCAUUCUAAUAGUAAUCCAACAGAGGAGGCAAAUAUCGUUAAUAUUCUACCCACAUGCAUUAAUUCUAUUACCAUGGCUCUUGUAGACGCAGGUAUUGAAAUCAUUGAUUUAGUGAGUGCCGGGUCAAAAGAUAACUCUGUGGUUGCGUUUAUUAGGAAUGGACAUGAAAUCGUCGGUAUUUGGAGCGAUGACGAUAACGUCACUGACAUAUCAAAAUUAAUAGAAGAGUGCAAGGCAAAAUAUUUGGUAAAUAAGCAGACUUUGGUUCAAUAUCUUAAAUGA